GAAAACAGAGCAGACACAAUUCCUUUAGCUCCAAAAACUCGGCUGAAGGAUUACACACCAACACUUAGUGUGAAAUUCAUAUUAAAAAACUCAAAACUGGAUUAUUACUCACCGAUUGUUGCUCUCUCUCUCUCUCUCUCUCUCUCUCUCUCUGGUUAUUACUCAAUUGCAGCCAGAUAUGGAGCUAUGGUCAGAGUUAUGCAGUCUCGUGCGCCCUCUUCUCUGUCCAUCUCUGAAACCAAAUGUAUAAUCCACGCCAAAGCAGCGAGAGAGAAGAAGCCUCACGAAGCUCUCUGGUGCAGACGCAGACAUAUUUCAUUAAAAAGCACAAAGCAACACAACGCCAGAAGUAGCAAUCUCGAUCUGAUGAGUUGUUGCAGACGACAAUGGAUUUCUCGAGAUCGAGUUCUUUAUCAUUGGGAGAGUGGAUCUGCGCGUCAUUUAUCUCAAAAUUUGAGAUUCAUGCGGGAAGCAAAUUGCGCCAGCCAUUUCAAAAUAUAUGUUUGGAUUCUGGGGUUUUCCUUUUGCAAUGUCAGAUAGAUGCAUGGAAUAGACAAGAGGAUAUUGAACGCAUCGGGUUCCACUCUGUACAAGUUGACGGUGAUGAUCUUGAUGAUGAUACUUGUGGCCUCUGUGGAGAUGGUGGGGAUUUGAUCUGUUGUGAUAGCUGUCCAUCAACAUUUCAUCAGAGCUGCUUGAAUAUACAAAUGCUUCCUCCAGGUGAUUGGCACUGUCCAAAUUGUACAUGCAAAUUUUGUGGGAUAGCAAGUGAGAAUGUUGCUGAAGAGGAUGAUACAACUGUUUCUGCACUGCUCACUUGCAACCUCUGUGGAAAUUUACUGUCUAAGUCUCCUAGGAAAUUUAUGUUUUUAUGCGUAUUUUAACGUUUGAUACCUUGUAUGAACACGGACACAAUAUUUAAAUUAAACGGCCUCUAUUUGGUUUCAGGUUAAGCCAAUGGUGAUUGCCAUAAUGAUGGAAUCUGACUUGCAAUUGUAAAAUGAUCUUCUUGAGUCUAUCAUUGAUAAUAGGUAUUUCCUUUUGCCUUUGUGAUUGUAUGUGGUGAAACUAUGGACAAUUGGAGGUGGUUUCUGCAAAAGAUAUCGGAUGUCUUGCUAGGGUUUUUU